UUUUCUAGUGUGUGUGUGUGUGUGUGUGUGUGUGUGUGUGUGUGUGUGUGUAUUUGGUUAGUUACCCCAAGAAGCCUAAUGAAAAUUAGCUGCUGAACAAGGGAAGUAAAUUUUCUGAGGUUUCAACACAUGGCCAGCAGAUGGCAGCACAGGAUUGCUCUUUCCAUGAUGGCUUCCUGUGACGUUGGUCGUUUGCAGUUUGUGUAUACUCUGCUCUUUGAGGUUUCCUUGGGCCCAGGGUUGGUGAGCUCCAGCAGCUUCCCAGGUGUGUAUGCAGAUUAUCCUCGUUUUUGUUUAGUUUUUGGCGUUUAAUCAGCAUUUUUUGGCCAAGCCACAGUUUCAGGAGACUAAACUUGUGAGAGAAAUUAUUCGCAGACUGAUUUGGGCAAGCUCCAGAGUAUGCAACUGCUGGGUAACUAGAGAAACAUUAUGUGGAGAGAUGUCUUUCUGUUGUGAUUUCUGAGUGCUGUUAGGACUGCUUGGAAUGUUAGGCCCAGUCAGUUUGGGUCUAACUGUUAGGAUUCUCAUCCAGCAUUCUGAUUAUGGUGUGAAGGUGUUUCAUUAAGUCUUCAUCACUUCCCUCUGACGGUUGGCACUCAGGAACUUAUACUGUAGUCUGCCUGUUGCUUUAGAAGUAUGUAUAAUUGGUGAUAUGAAGAGUAAACUUGUAUUCUGUAUUUUAGUGAUUAGCUCACUUUUGCCUUGUUUUCUAGGAAAGGGAUGACUAAAUGGGUAUUUCAGAAACCUAAAUCUGAAUUCUCUGGCAACUCUUUAAAGGCUAUUAUGAGGGAGGGAAGAAGUAUUUGUUCCUAUUAAGUAGAAUAGCAGUGAGGUAUUUACGCAAGGAGUGAAGAUACCCAGUUCCAAAUGUAUAUGGAAAUACGCUUUUAGAAAAAGAAAAAGGCAGGAAUGGUAUUGCUAAAUCAUAACUAGUCAUAAGAAAUCUGUUUUGAUCUGCCUGUUGCCUGUAUAAAUUAUAUAAUGUGUAUCACACUGAGGAUGAUGGCUGAUACUUUUUCUAGUAAAAUGCCUGGUGGGGGUGGGGAGGGGGAACAAAUACAAUAUGGGGUCAAAUCAAAAAUACCAAUCUCCAGGGGCGCUUGGGUGGCUUAGUCAGUUAAGCAUCUGACUCUUGAGUUCAGCUCAGGUCAUGAUCUCACACACGCUUCGUGAGUUCGAGCCCUUUAUGGGGCUCUGCGCUGGCAGCACAGAGCCUGCUUGAAAUUCUCUCUCUCUCUCUCUCUCUCUCUCUGCCCCUUCCCUGCUCAUGCUCACUCUCUCUCAAAAUAAAUAAACAUUCAAAAAAAAAAAAAGGGUGACUUCCUUGUACUGAGAAGAACUUAAAAGAAAAUACUCAUCUCUAAAUACAUAAAAAACUCACCUACAAGCCAGUAUGAGUGCCAAAUAAAGUUUAGCGCAGAGGUUUUUGUCAGUAUUUCAUACAUUUCAGUGUCUUCGGGGACAAAUUAUUUAUACUGUCUCACCUGAGGAAAUUGGCUUUGGAUGUUGAGCAUCCUGAACCUUUGAAGAUCUUUUUAAAGUGCCACAUAGCAACCCCUAUUAUGGCAUAAGACUUGAACUAGGAUGACUUAAAAUCUUGAAAUUGGACAUGUAUUUAUGUAUGGAAAGAAAUUUUGUUUUAAUUCUCUGAAAGAACAAAAUGAAUGCUAUUUUUAAAAAACAGGUGAGAAACAAUGAGAAUUGAUACCAAGUCAUUUCCUCAUUGUAAAAACGGCAUAAUAAGAGUCCCUACGUCCUAGGAUUGUUAUGAGAGUUAAUUGAAAAUGCAGUUAGAGCAAGCAGAAUUUGUAAAUGGUGUAAGGUUUGUUUGUUUAUUUUUAAGUUUAUUUUGAGAGAGCGAGAGCGAGUGCACGUGCACACAAGUUGGGGAGGGGCAGAGAGGGAGGGAGAGAGAAUCCCAGGCAGGAUCCACACUGUCAGUGCAGAGCCGGAUGCAGGGCUCAAACUCGGGAACCACGAGAUCAUGACCUGAGCUGGAGUGGGAUGCUUAACCGACUGAGCCACCCAGGUGCUCCUGGGUUUUCUCUGUUUUUGUUUGUUUGUUUUUUAAGUUUAUAUAUUUUGAGAGAGUGAGAGAGAGAAGUAGAGAGAGAAUCGCAUGACGUGGGGCUCCAUCUUAGAAACCGUGAGAUCAUGACCUGAGCAGAAAUCAGCAGUUGGACGCUUAACUGACUGAGCCACGCAGACACCCCAGAAUUUGUAAAUGGUGCCUGUUAAGUAUUCAGUAAUCCUUAGUGGUCACUGGCAUCAUUUUUAGGAUGGGGAGAAAGAAAGGUGCCCAAUAAUCUUUAGUUUUCUUAUGUUUUGAAAUUUUUGUAGCCUUACUACAUUGUAGUCCUUAUGGGGGUCUGAGUCUUGGCUGGCACUGUGUUUUAAGUGCAAAAAUAGUAUGUGAAGUGUUGUUUUGGGUUUUUUCCCCUUGGUGCAUAAUGAACAGGUUUUCUUAAAGCAUGGGGACAGGGCCCCGGGGCAGAAAGAGCUGCCAUAUGUGAAGUCUUUAUGUGUUCACUUUUAGUUAUUCCCUAGCUUGGGAUUUUGCACUUACUUUGACAUGUCUGUAUGUUACCAGAAAGUUUUGGGAAAUACAGCCUUAAGAAAUAACUAAGUAAGCUCAUAUGUUCUUGGGACUAGGAACAGAAAAGAAAAACCGAACACAUGGGAAAAAAUGAGUUGGGACUUCCCCAAAUCCCUCUUUUCUUUCUGUCUCAUGACUUUUUGAGAAGAAUAUUUUUGAAGUAUAGAAAAUCUAGGUUGGAUACCAGAAAUAUAAAGACAGACGUCAGGGAAGAUUAUCCAUAAUUUGGGGUAAUUGAAGUCUCUGGAGCAGCACGGAGACAACUUUCCAGCAGUGACUUCCUAGCUUUUGUGAUCGUAUGUGCUACCAGUUUAAAACAGUUUAAAACAUGGGGCGCCUGGGUGGCUCAGUCGGUUAAGCGGCCGACUUCGGCUCAGGUCAUGAUCUCGCUGUCUGUGAGUUCUAGCUCCGCGUCGGGCUCUGUGCUGGCAGCUCAGAGCCUGGAGCCUGUUUCGGAUUCUGUAUCUCCCUCUCUCUCUGACCCUCCCCCGUUCAUGCUCUGUCUCUCUCUGUCUCAAAAAUAAAUAAACGUUAAAAAAAAAAAUUUUUUUUAAACAAAAAAACAGUUUAAAACAAAUUUAGUUAUGUGCUCUGUGUUUGUAUGAAUUGUAUACAUGUCUGCUUUCAACCUCUUAUAUUGUCUUUAAAAAACAUAUUUUUAAUGUUUAAUUUUGAGAGAGGGCACAGGUCGGGGAGGAGCAGAGAGAGAGAGGCAGACAGGAUCUGAAGCAGGCUCCGCACUGACAGCAGAGAGCCCGAUGCGGGACUCAAACUCACGAACAGUGAGGUCAUGACCUGAGCUGAAGUGGUAUGCUUAACCAACUGAGCCACCCAGGCGCCUGCCUCUCUCUCUCUCUCUCUCUCUCUCUCUCUCUUUCUCUUUCUCUCUCUCUCUCUCUCGGAGAAAGAUUAUAUUUUAUAAGAAAUGUUUUAGACUCAUAUCUUUAUUUUUAUCCUUACAAUAAUCCUGGACAUAUAAAGAUAUAAAAUGCAUGUUUUUAGAAUGCAUAAAAGCAGGUUGAUGGCAGAGAUAACUCAGUUGUUAGCUAAUGGCAUACAGCAAGUGGAAAAUCAGAAUCCUACACAUAUCUAUAGUUAUUUCUGUAUCUGUACAUCUUAUGUGUAUGGUAAGCGAAACAUGAAUUCAUCCUGUCUCUGACCACAUGAUUCAUUGUAGCCUUUUUUGCUCUUUAACUUAACUUCAGUCUCUGUGAGAAAUAGGGUUCCCAUCAUCCACUACCCCUUUACUUGUUCAACACCAAUAUAUAUGAAGCAGUUUUGAGAUUAACACCUACUACACCUGUGAGAAACUUUACUAACUAGAAUACUGUUCCUUUCGUCUUGAGCCAUGUGGUUUCCCAUUAAACAGUGUUUUCCAAAAUUACUCAGAUCAAUAGCUCCCUUUUUACUGAACCCCUUCUGUGAGAUUGCCAUACAUUUAUUUGUAAAAAGUUAGAUUCAUUUGUCAAAGUCUGCAUUCCCUCUUGAGAUCGUUCCACCUCCUGGUUGAUAUUUUAAAUUUGUACACAUUAAAGUUUGACAGACAGUUGUUUGGAUUUUGACAAAUGCAUAGGAUUGUGUCUCUACCACUCUAGGACUGUGCAGAUUGGUUCCAUCACCCCAAAUAUUCCCCUAGUCAGCCACCGCUUCCCCACUCCAUCCCUUAGCAACUACUAAUCUAUAGUUUUGCCUUUUCAAAAAUGGCAUGUGAACACAGUCACAUAAUAGGUAAGUUUUAGGAUCUGGCUUCUUUCACUUCCAGAAUGCAGUUGAGAUCCAUCCGUGUUGCAAGGAUGACUCUUGCAAAUCGACAGCUUGAUCCUUUUCACGGCUGGAUACCGUGUUAUUCAGUUGUUUAUCCAUUCCCAUGGUGAAGGGCAUCUUAGUUGCUUCCAGUUUGGGAUGAUUAUUAAUAAGACUGCUUAACAUUUGUGUGUGUAUUUUUCUGCAGGAACAGAAGUUUUCAAUUCACUUAGCUAAAGUACCUAGGGGCACGAGUUAUGGGCCAUAUGUAAGUCUAGGCUUUAUAAAAACCUGCCAGACUGUCUUCUAGAGGGGCUGUACGUGGGAAGCAAUAAAUGGCAGUUUGUGAAAAUUGGUGUCAUUUCUUAUUUAAAUAUUUGAUAGGCUCACCAGGGAGGCCAACAGGGCCUGGGCUUGAUAAUUUGGUAUCCUUGCUGCCCUAGUUGAACUACUUGCAUUGAGCUUGAGGGGCAGGGGGGACUAGCCCUGGUGCAGGGUUCGGUAGCUUUCAUGAACAGAAGCUUCUGUUUGUUGUAUGCCUUUGGUCUGUAUCCAGAGCAUUGACAUAGUUGGUUUUGACAGUUCUGUUCAGGUUUAUAGUGCUUUUGGGGGGGAGAGGAUAUGUGGGCUUCUUCAUGCCUGUCAUGUCCAAAGUCUCCUGCUUCAGCGUUUUUCCCUCUGGUACCCGCCCCCCCCCCCCCCAUUAGCAAACUAAACAUGUAUAAUAGCCUCCAAAAAUUCUCUUGCCUCCAUCUCUAGCCACUACAUUUCUCUCUCUUUCAGGGCAAAAUUUCCUCAAAAUAUGUCUCUACUCUCUCCUGUUUCCUUUUUUCCCCACAACUCCACCAAAAAUUGGAAAUGGCUAUUGUUAAAGUCACUGAAGUUUUCCAUGUUGCUAAAUCCAGAUGGUCUCAGUCUUUGUUUUGCUUGAACUGUCAGUAGUAUUUGGCACAAGAGGGGACUACUUCAUGGGUGAAACACUUUCUUUGCUUUGUUUCCAGGAAGAUUCCAGAAUAGGAUCCCCUUAUUCUACUUCUCUGGCUUGUCAUCCUCAGAUUUUCACCACAUCUUUCCCGGUUUGCUGCAGAGCUCAAUCCUUUGACCUGUUUUCUCUCUACACUCACUUUAGUCUCAAGUGUCCACUAACUUCUAAACGUUUAUUUCCAGUGUGUACCUCUCUCCUGAACCCUAGUCGUAUCUAAUUGCUAAACUCCUAUUUUCUGCAAACCCCAUCAAAUCUUCCUAGCUAGUAUUGGAAACCUCCUCUUUCUGGUUGCUCUGCUGGCAAUGCUCAGGACCUUUUUGACCAUUCUUCUCUCUCAGACCACAUCCAGCUUAUCACCAAAACUUAUUGGCUCCAAUUUUAGUAUUCAUAAUCCAGCCACUUUAACUGCUGUCACUGGUCUAAGCUAUGACACUGACACUGUCUUUCACCUGGAUGAUUGUAAUUGUCCUCUGAUGGCUUUUUCUAUGUCUGCCCUUACUUCCCUACGGUGUAGUGUAUUUUUAAGACAUCAGCCAGUGAGAUUUUUUUAAUUGUAAAUCAGAUUCUUACUCCUGCUUAACAUUUUCAAGUGGCUUCCCCUCUCAGAUAAAGGCUCAAGUCCUUAGAAUGGCCUACAGUGCCCUGUAUAAUCUGCUCCCCUGUCCUCACUGCUUCACUUAGCUCUUUAUUCAUUCAGUGUAUCAUUUCAGUGCCUUGCUAUUUAUGAACCCUGCCAAGCGUGGUCCUUUCUCAGGACUUGUAUUUGCUGUUCCCUCUGCCCAGAAUGUUUGUUCUCUCAUUGGAUCUCCAUAAGACUUAAUGAAUUUAUUGCCUUACCAUCUUCACCUCUCUGCUCAAAUUCCAUCCUUUAGUGAGACCUCCUUGAGCAUCCCACACGGAUUAGCAGCUCCCCACUUGCUAGCAUUCCCUAUCUCCCUUUCUUCAUUUUUUUCUCCAUAGCCGUUUUCACCAGAUGACCAUCACCUUGUAUUUCCCCACUACAGCAGAAGCUCCAUGAAGACAGAUUUUAGUCAGUUCACUGGUCUGUCUCCAGUGGGCUAGUGUCCAGUAUGUGUGUGUUUGAGAGAGGGAAGCAGGACUUUAUGGUGGCUACCUGUGAUGGGCCAAGUGUUUUAGUCAGCAAUUAGAGCUCCAUAUUUUAAGUCUUUUUCUGGGUAUUGUUAUCCAUUCUGAUUAUUUUAACCCUUAUUUACCCUAGCCCAUUCCGCAUAGUAAGUACUCAGUUUUUCUCUCAUUAGUUCACGUGUAUUAAUCUUUCCCCAAACACUUGUUAAUUUCUUGAGAGAAAAGAUCUAACACACAUCUUAUUGGUAUGAGUGCCCAUCCCCAAACUCAGGGAAUAGGGAAAUAAGAAUGUAAAAUUAAUGUACUGUCAACAGAUUAUCCCUGAGGACUGAGAGAUUAGAUUAAGAAGAUUAGAGUUUUGGGGUGCCUGGGUGACUCACUUGAGUGCCCGCCUUUGGCUCAGGUCGUUAUCUUGCAGUUUGUGAGUUUGAGCCCCGUGUGGGGCUCGAUGCUGUCUGCCCAGACCCUGCUUCAGAGUCUCUGUCCCCCCCUUUCUCUCUCUCUCUCUCUCUCUCUCUGCCCCUCCCCCAUUCAUGCUCUCUCCCUCUAAAAUGAACAUUAAAAAAAAAAAGUUUUCUCCAAGACCACACCCAAGAGAGUAAAAGAUUAAAUUGUAUAGUGUACAGUGAAGGCAUAGACUGACGCCCUCCUCCAGGAGUGGGUAGACCUCAGAGACAUCUUUCAGCAUCAUCUGUUCUCUCUUCUAGUUCAGGCUCACUGUGCAGCACGUUGGUUGAUUGAUUAGUCAGCUUCCCAGGUACUUUACCAUUAGAAGGCAUGUGCUGGUCACUGUUAUUAUAGAACUUGGUAUUCACGCUUGCAUCAGUCCAUCUUAGGGACCAUCUUUCAGUUUCCUUUAAGAUCUAAGGAGCAGAGACAAGACUAUAAUAAUGCUCCCUAACAAUUUCCCUCUACCUAGAAUCUUCACAGUUUAGCCUAAUGACAUCUUUUGCAGCUAAAUGAAUCCACAGUGAAAUAAGAGCAAGAGGUCUACGCUAGUAAAACUUCUUUAAAGGCUUAUUUUCAGUGCAUUCCAUACCCAGGUACAGUUGACUCUUGAACAACACAGGGGGUUUAAGAGUACCGACCCCCUGCACAGUUAAAAAUGUGCAUGUAAAAAAAAUUUGCAUGUGACUUUUGACUCCCCAAAACUUUACUAAUAGCCUACUGUUGACAGGAAGCCUUCCUGCUAAUGUAAACAGUCGAUUAGCACAUAUUUUGUCUGUUAAAUGUAUUAUAUGCUGUAUUCAUACAGGAAAGCAAGCUAGAGAAAAGAACAUGUUAAGAAAAUCAUAAGGAGAAAAUACAUUUAGAGUGCUGUACUGUGAAAAAUCCACAUAUAAUUGAAUCACAUGUUCCACCUGUGUUGUUCAGGGUCAGCUGUUCUGUUAAUAUGUGAAAUUGUCCAUUCUGGGCCUCAAAUAUGAGAGGAAUAAAAGUCAUUCUGAAUGGUACAUGCAAGUUUUCUCAGGAGAAAUAUGUGUGUCUCUGGUACAAGUAAUAGAAAUGUUAUUUUGAGGUUGCCACCAGUUCUAACCUUGAUUCGUUUUCCAAAAAAAAUCUCGAGAAAAUGAGGAUCCUUUGACAGGCCCUCAUUUGAAAGCUGGGUAAGCAGGUAUAGAGAGCUGGGCACAGUUAAACACUGACGGAACCAGGAGCGGAAUUGGUGUGUUGACAUCUGUCCCGUUCAGGCCUGAGUACUUGGCUGUGCCACAAGGUGCCUUCAUUGUGUUUGCUAUAAAGCUUUGUCUUUCGAGGGCAGAUUUAAUUUUUGAAAACCACUGAAAGACUUUGAGAGGCUGAGUCAACAGAUAGGUGAUCAGAUUUAAUCAUUGCAAUUAGUCCAAAAUGGGUUGGCUUUAACAAGAGUGUUUUCCUUGAGUGUUGUGGCUAAAAGUCUAUAAAUGCAUUUUCAAAACUAAACCCAAAAAAGGACAACAGAGAAUGAUGGAGUUAGAAUAUCCAUUUGCUUUGUUUCAUACCUACGCAACAGUCUCACAAUAAUAACAAUACAAACACUACCACUACUAAUUAUGAUCUCUGAAAACAGUUUACAGGUUUUUAAAUUUUAUUGUAUUUUGAUUUUAGUAAUCUGUGCACCCAGCAUGGGGCUCAUACCCAUGACCUCUAGAUCAAUUGUGUGCUCUUCCUACCGAGCCAGCCAGGCACCCCAGUUUAAAAUUUUUAAAUUGAAUAUAUAUUUUUAAAUAUUUAUUCUUGAGAGAGAGAGAGAGAGAGCGAGAGAGAGGAAGACAGAAAGAAUCCCAAGCAAGCUACACACUGUCAGUGUAGAGCCCGACGCGGGACUUGAACUCAUGAACCACGAGAUCAUGACCUAAGCCGAAAUUGAGUCAGACGCUUGACCCACUGAGCCACCCAGAUGCCCCUAGAAUAUAUUAAAAAAAAAAAAAAAAAAAAAAAUUAAAUAAAUAUAUUUUCGUCAUUGUGGUCCCUACUCCCUGCCCCCUUUCUCAGCUGUAUUAAAUCUUUGUAAGUUCAUUGUGGGAUCACAUAGCCGUUAUAUAAUGUACUCUCUCAACCCCAUUUAGACUUGAUUUUCUUUUUUUUUUUUUUUUUAACGUUUAUUUAUUUUUGAGACAGAGAGAGACAGAGCAUGAACGGGGGAGGGUCAGAGAGAGGGAGACACAGAAUCUGAAACAGGCUCCAGGCUCUGAGCUGUCAGCAUAGAGCCCGAUGUGGGGCUCGAACUCACAGACUGUGAGAUCAUGACCUGAGCCGAAGUCGGCCGCUUAACCAACUGAGCCACCCAGGUGCCCCUAGACUUGGUUUUCUAAGCAGUAUGUUUAAUGCUUACCACCCAUCUUAUAUCAAAGUCCUACCAUUUUGGUCUGAAGUUAGUGCUCUAGUUCCAGAGGUGGCAAAAUUUUUCUGAAGAGGGCUGGAUAAACAUCUAGGCUUUGAGAGCCAAAAGUGAUCCUAUUCCAUAUUGUGUGUGUGUCUAUGUAUGUUUUUAACAACCUUUAAAACCAUUCUUAGCUGGAGGACUGUGCAAAAGUACCUCUGGCUAGUUCGUCAGCCCUGCUCAUUUGCUCAGGAAGGGCUGAUGGAGUCAGUCAAUAUUCCCAUGUUGCUAGAUAUAAAUUCCUUGCUCACAUGUAGAUGAGCCAUAUAUAUAAAGUUUGAGUUAUAUAUUUCAAAUAUGCAACUUCAUUUUCUUCUGGCAUAAAACAUUGCAAUUGAAGUCUGAUGAUACUCUUAAUUUACUUUCCUUACAAGUUAACUCGAUGUUUUUGCCUAGAUGCCCAAGGGAUUUUCUUUUUCUUUACAGUCCAGUUGGUGUUGCUCAUUCUGGGUUGAUAUUCUCAGUGUGCUCCAUGGGACACGGCACGAGCAGGCUCUAUAGUGCUCUCGCCAAGACACUGAACAGCAGCACUGCCUCCCAGCACCCGGAGUAUUUGGUGUCACCUGAUCCAGAACAUCUGGAGCCCAUUGAUCCUAAAGAACUCCUUGAGGAAUGCAGGGCUGUCCUGCACACUCGACCCCCCCGAUUCCAGAGGGAUUUUGUGGACCUGAGGACGGAUCACCCCAGCAGCCACCCACCUAUUAGGGUCAUGCAGUGGAACAUCCUUGCCCAAGCUCUUGGAGAAGGAAAAGACAACUUUGUGCAAUGCCCUGUGGAAGCACUCAAGUGGGAAGAAAGGAAAUGUCUCAUCCUAGAAGAAAUCCUGGCCUACCAGCCUGAUAUAUUGUGCCUCCAAGAGGUGGACCAUUAUUUUGACACCUUCCAACCACUCCUCAGUAGACUGGGCUAUCAAGGCACAUUUUUCCCCAAGCCCUGGUCACCUUGUCUAGAUGUGGAACACAACAACGGACCAGAUGGCUGUGCCUUGUUUUUUCUCCAGAACCGAUUCAAGCUAGUCAAUAGUGCCAAUAUCAGGCUGACGGCCAUGACACUGAAAACCAAUCAGGUGGCCAUUGCACAGACCCUAGAGUGCAAGGAGUCCAGUAGACAGUUCUGUAUCGCUGUCACCCACUUAAAAGCACGCACUGGCUGGGAACGAUUUCGCUCAGCUCAGGGUUGUGACCUUCUCCAGAACCUCCAAAACAUCACUCAAGGAGCCAAGAUUCCCCUUAUCGUCUGUGGGGACUUCAACGCAGAGCCAACAGAGGAGGUCUACAAACACUUUGCUUCCUCCAGCCUCAACCUGAACAGUGCCUACAAGCUGCUGAGUGCUGACGGGCAGUCCGAGCCCCCGUAUACUACCUGGAAGAUCCGGACCUCAGGGGAGUGCCGGCACACGCUGGAUUAUAUCUGGUAUUCUAAACAUGCUCUGAGUGUGAGGUCAGCUCUUGAUUUGCUCACCGAAGAACAGAUUGGACCCAACCGGCUGCCGUCUUUUAAUUACCCUUCAGACCAUCUGUCUCUAGUGUGUGACUUCAGCUUUAAUGAGGAACCUGAUGGACUUUUAUAAAUGCUCGUCUGUGUCUUUUUCAUCACAAGAAGUCUUAACCAGGGAUGUUUCAGGAAACUGAAAUAGGAUAAAAAGUUGCCUGAGGAAGGAUUCCCAAUUUCUUUUACAUCAUUUUCCGUGUUUCCAGCAUGCCCUUGGGAACCCAGGAAUCCCAUUAGUCCAUAAACCUUUUCCAUUAAAACCUACAGCAAAAAAGGUGUUUGCACUCCA